AUGGCAUCGGGCAAGACAAAGUCAAUCUACAAACUAAACAAGGAUGACCAACAUGUUGUUGUAGUUUCAAACUCUUCAAUCACUGCUGGAGACGGAGCAAAGAGGGACGAACUACCAAUGAAGGCUAUAAACUCGACGACAACCACCUGCAAUGUGUUCCGUGUUCUUCAGUUGGCCGGUAUCAGUACGCACUACGUUCGUCAGGAGCAAAACAACAGCUUCAUUGCCAAGAGAUGCUCGAUGAUCCCUCUCGAGGUGAUUGUCAGACGUCUGGCCACUGGAUCCUACCUCAAGAGGAACUCUCACAUCACCGAGGGCACCAGAUUCAACCCAUGUCUGAUCGAGUUCACCUUUAAGGAUGAUGCACAGCACGAUCCACUCGUCACUGAGCGUGACAUUCUUGCAAUGGACCUAAAGAUUGGUGGUGUCUCUAUCAACUCCAAGGUACUCUCUCAUCUCCGUCACGUUGCCAGUCUUGCAUUUGAGGCAUUGGAGCGUGCUUGGGCAUCAGUAGAUGUUGUACUUGUUGACUUUAAGGUCGAGUUUGGUAUUACACCACAAGAGGAAAUCAUAUUGGCCGACGUUAUUGACAAUGACUCUUGGAGGAUUUGGCCACAUGGAGAUAAGAACUUGAUGAGAGAUAAGCAGGUCUAUCGUAACAUCCCAUUGCAGGCUGGUGGUCCAACAGUUGGUACACUCUCUGAUGAUCAGACCAAGAUGUUGGUUGACAACUAUACAUGGGUUGCCAAUGAAACCUACAAGUUGGUUGACUAUAUGACUUUGAACAAUAGUCAAACUCAAAGCAGCAGCAACUCAUCACUUAAUCAAAGCAGACAAUCAAAUAUCAUCAACAAUAUCUUGUCACCAUCACCAUCCUAUUCACCAAUGACUAGGUUGAGUAGAUCAACAACCGAAACACCAUCCCUCACAUUGCCAAUCAACCAUAAUGCAAGCCCAAUGGUUGGAAUCAUCAUGGGUAGUCAAUCAGACUGGGAGACCAUGAAGUUGGCAGCAAACACAUUGACAACAUUGGGUAUUCCAUUUGAAUCCAAGAUUGUCUCUGCACAUAGGACACCAGACAGAUUGUUUGAGUAUGCCAAGAACGCAAAGUCCAGUGGAUUCAAGGUGAUUAUCGCUGGUGCUGGAGGUGCCGCACAUCUUCCUGGUAUGGUGGCAGCAUUGACACCACUUCCAGUGUUUGGUGUGCCCGUCCAAUCAAAGACUCUGAGCGGUGUGGACAGUCUCUUGUCAAUCGUUCAAAUGCCCGCCGGUAUACCAGUUGGUACCGUUGCCAUUGGUGCUGCCGGUGCAACCAACGCUGCACUCCUUGCCGCUGCCGUGCUUGCUCCAUUCUAUCCCCAGAUCGACAUGGCCCUUGAGAUCUAUCGCAAGAAGCAGACCGAUGCCGUUGCCGAAACACCCACCGAUCAACCGGUUGCUGCACAUCAUGGUGCUGCUGUCACCUCCAACGAGAUGCUUGCAAACUUUUCCAGCAUGAUGGGAGGAGUUCAACAACAACAACAGCAGCAGGUCUCUACACCAAUGCAAUCAAAACUAAACAGUAGCAGCAGCAGCAACAACAACAACAACAGAAGCCAUCAUGGACCAGCCUCUCCAUCAUUGCUUGUUGCUGGUGGAAUCAACUCACCAGUCCGAUCGACAUCACCAAUCGUUGGCGUCAACCAAGAAAAGAGUCCAUUGUCAACCUUUGUUCUCUCAUCCACCCGUCCAUCAUCGUUGGUCCUGGCACCAGGUUCAACUAUUGGUAUUCUUGGUGGAGGUCAACUGGCACGUAUGACUGCGAUCGCUGCCGCCCAACUCGGUUACAAGACUCACAUCUUUUGUCCCGAGAGUGAUGUGUCUGCCUCACACGUCUCGACCUUCACCACCAAGGCCAACUACAACAACUAUGCUGCGCUGGACUCGUUUGCCUCCAAGGUCGACGUGGUCACCUAUGAGUUUGAAAACAUUCAGGUGGAGCCUGUCGAGUAUCUCUCGAAAAAGGUGGCCGUCUUCCCCGACCCCAAGGUGUUGCGCAUCUGUCAGGACCGUGUCCAAGAGAAGAGAUUCAUCCAAUCGUUGGACGUUGGCACUGCCAACUUUGAGCCAGUCGAGUCACUCGAGAUGUUGAAGCUCGCCGUCCAAAAGAUUGGCUAUCCAUGCAUCCUAAAGUCAAACACCAUGGGCUACGAUGGCAAGGGCCAGGCCAAGAUCUCUGACAUUGUCGACUUGGAGGGCGCCUGGAAGAAGGUCACUCAAGACACCAACACGUCCAAGGCCAUCUUGGAACAGUACAUUGAGUUUGAAUCAGAGGCAUCGGUGAUUGUCGCUCGUGGUCUUGACUCUAUCGAGUUGCCAUUCUCAAUGGUGACCAACAAGCAUCGCAACCACAUCCUGCGUCAGACCAUCGCACCAGCCACCCUCCCCGACUACCUACACAAGGAGGCCAAGGAGAUUGCCAGCAAGAUUGGCAAGGGCAUUGGACUGGUUGGAAUAUUGGCAGUGGAGUUGUUUGUCGUCAAGAACAAGGACAACCGCUACACACUGUUGGUCAACGAGUUGGCACCACGUCCACACAACAGUGGACAUUGGACUAUCGAAGGAUGUGUCACAAGUCAAUUCGAGCAACUCAUUCGUUGCAUUUGUGGACUCCCACUGGGCAGUGUCGACCUGAUGAAGAGAAUCACCGAGAAGGAGUACUUGGAGCAGAGCGGUACCCAGAACCCAAUCAUUAUGAACAACCUACUUGGAGCAGAGAUUGAUACAUGGGAAAAGACACUAUCUCAAAAGGGAUCACACCUCCACCUCUAUGCCAAAGGUGAGGCAAGAGAAGGAAGAAAGAUGGGUCAUGUUACAAUUGUUCCAUAA